AUUGAAACAAAUGGUUGCAUAUUUGCAAAUGUGUAAAUGUACACUACUCUCGGAUAUAAAAGAUAUGUAGAUGAGAUCUUGGGAAAAAGUGCAAUCCGGUCAACCAUCAACAAAAUGAGCAAGGUUGGGCUUAGGACGGGGCUUAGAGCUAGACUUGGGCCUCUUCAUACCUUGCGGAACUACUCAAAUGAUGUAGAAAGAUCAGCCAUGAAGGAGAGAUUUGAACAAAUUUUAGAUUCAAAAUUAGAUUCAAUAACUACUACAUCCAUAGAAAAUAAUCCUGAAUUGGAAAAGAUAUAUGCAAAAUAUAAAGAUCCAGAUCAUGUAUUUCAACAUAAGCAUCAGGCCCAACUUACCUAUUUAAAGCUGGAACCACUACUCGCAAGAAAUAAACAUGCCAGAGAAAUUGCUGAUACGCUAGUAAACAAACCAUGGACUGGUACUGAAACUGUCCAUGAUGCCAAUUUGAGAAUGCUUAUAGACUCUUCGCCUAAAGAAAUGAAAAUAAUCACCCCAAAGGUCCCUGUAAAGGAAAGAAUCCAUAACGCUUUUGAAGGUAGUUUGGAUUAUAAACUUGCAAAGAUAUCUGAACAACCAUCUCCCAGCAAGGAAUCUGAAUCUGAAAGUUUCCGAGAAUUAUAUCGUGAACGACUCUUGGGACCUUCUGUAUUUAUGAACAGUUCCGCUUCGUCCAGUAUUGGACUUAUCACCACCAUGGCAGACGUACGAAUCAAUGAACAAAUCGACAAAAAAAGUGGCAAAUUUGAAGAAGAUGCAAUGACCAAUGUAAGAGGUAAACCUCUCAGUAAAGAUCAUUUGGCAAACUGUACAGAUACAAACUACUUUAUGAACCAAAUUCUUCAGAAACAAGAAUGUUUGCCACCAUGGAUAGAAAGUCAAAAGGGUGUAGAUCAGGACAUUGAACGGUUACGAUUUGAACUCGACCGUGAUUGGUCGUUCCGGAUGCUUGAUAAUAUCAAGCGCAAGUUCCCAGGACAAAAAGGUAUCGAGUUAUCAAACUCGGCUAAGAGUAGCGACUUGCUGGACAGUGGUUACCAUAGUCUUAAAAUGAGAUACCUUGAGCCAAAGAUCAAAGAAAUUAAUCUCAAAAUUACAACUUAUAACCUUUCUUCGCCAUCUCUGAGUCUCCAUAAAUGGAAGCUUGUCCCAGAAAAAGAACUUGAGAAUCUGUACAAACGAGUAUUGGCCAAUAUUGAUACUUUGAUUGAACAAAAUGAAUCUCAACAGAAAAUGGAUACCCUUAAAUUGGAACAUGUAACACAAGAGAAAGGCACUGAGUCUCUUGGCUUUCUCCGGGCUAUAAAAUCCUUGUUACAAUAGGAUAUACUUCAUAUAUAUGUAUAUGUGUAUUUCUU